GCUCUGCUCUGCUUCACCACAAUCGUCCUCUGAUGCUGCUGCGAACACUCGUCGCGUGUCUGCUGCUGCUGCAGUCUGCGCUGGCGUACCGAGAAAAGCUCGAUCUGCGCCCGCUUCCGCGCAACUCGCUCCUCGCGUCCUUCUCCUUCUCGCUCGCGUCCGAGUCCGCGCCUACCCCCGACGACAUAUCCCACUACGGACUCUUCCCGCGCAGCGUCGGUCAGAUCAUCCGCAGCUCGCAUGCGACGGAGAUCCAUCUGCGCUUUAGUCAGGGAUGGUGGGAUGCGUCGGAGUGGGGCUCGUUGCCGGAGCAGGGUGCUUACGCUGGCGGCACCGGUGUCGAGGUUUGGGCCUGGGUCGAUGGUGCUGAUCUGGCAGAAGCCGAGAAACGAUGGUAUGAACUCGUCAACGCGCUCUCCGGCCUCUUCUGCGCCUCGCUCAACUUUGUCGACUCGACAAAGACCAUCCUUCGAUCGACUGCUCCCUCUCUAGACUCAAACAAAUACCUCUUCCACGGUUCCCUUCCAAGCGAAUCCGUCUGCACAGAGAACCUGACUCCAUUCAUGAAACUUCUCCCCUGCAAAGGCCAUGCCGGCAUCUCAAGCCUCCUCGACGGCCACAAGAUCUUUGAUUCGAAAUGGCAGUCCAUGGCCCUCGACUUUACCGCCGACUGCGACGACGACAGCUGCAAACUAGUCAUGUCGCAGCGCAUCGACGUCGUCCUCGACGUUCUCCGUUCUCUUGAACGCCAGAAACACUCGCCUGUACCUAUCCCACGCCGCGUCGAAGAUCUAAUGUGUGACGAAACAAAGCCGUACCAUUCCUCUGAGAAAUGCUUCCCGCUGCCCACUGCGCCGACGGUGAAGUGGUUGAUCUCGGAGAUCUUUGGAAAACCGAUCGUGAGCAAGUGUGCGCUUGAGACUGUUGGCGAGUCCGAAGCGAGCGAGCUGGGUGAAAACGCUGGAUAUAAUAUCUGCACCCACAUCACUGAUGCGUGGAGUUUGAGUCGGCAUGGUGGAAAUGUCUUGAGCAGCUUUGCAUCUAAAGCAUGCUUUUCCUUGAAUGAAAACGAGGAAUUCAACCUGGCAUUCGACUGCAGCAACACCUCCUCUGUAUCCCCCAUCACCUCGGCCCCAGUCCACAUACAACGCUCGAUGACCGGCCGCGGCCAACAACACGGCGGUAUCCAAGCCAUCAUCCGAAACCCUUCGCCUACAGACCCCAUCACCGUCACAUACUUUGAAACCCUGCCGUGGUUCAUGAAACCAUACCUCUCGUCGAUGACGACUCAUCUCUCCGGCCCAGACACGCUCGACCUCAGCAGUAUAGAUCCGAUCAAAAACAUCACCUACAAGCCAUUCAUGGAGCGCGUCCGCAGCACCCAUCUCGAACUCACUCUCGAAAUACCAGCCGCUUCCACACUCACUCUCUCCUAUGACUUUGACAAGACGCUCAUCUACCUAGCAGAGUAUCCACCCGACGCCAACCGCGGCUUCGACGUCUCACCCGGCAUCCUGCGCGUCGUGUCUCAGAACGACGAAAUCACCUACUCGAUGCGCACUUCGAGCUUACUGCUCUCGCUACCGACUCCGGAUUUCAGUAUGCCGUAUAACGUCAUCAUCCUGACGAGCACUGUCAUGGCCCUGCUGUUUGGCACCGUAUUUAAUAUUCUGGUGAGGAGGUUUGUCUAUGAGGAGGAUAUCGAGGCAGACAAGAAAGAGAAAGGGGGGUUGAAGCAGCGUUUACUCAAGAGGUUUAGAAAGGACAAAACUGAGAAAAAGAGCAGUGUGAAAAGCGCAGGAUAGCUGC